GUUACUGCGGCGGAUGUUGAUGUUUUGUUUCAGAGCUCUCAGAACGAUGUGAAACUGUAUCGUCUCCGGGACUGCUCGAUAUUUUUGUGGCCGUCUUCCCGAUACUUUUUGUCCCAUUUCUCUGUAAGGUUUCGCUGUUUGUCGGCAUCGUGUCUCUCCCGGUGUCUUUCCCGGGAAGCGCGAGGCCGAGUCGUGCGAUGAUGGAGGACUUUGAUGAGAUCUACGAAGAGGAGGAGGAGGAAGAGGAGGACGAGGACAGGGCCGCGGAAGAACAGCUCCUUAAGUAUGCUCCGGACCCGGUAGUGGUGCGAGGGUCCGGCCACGUAACUGUGUUUGGACUCAGUAACAAAUUCGAGUCAGAAUUUCCUUCAGCACUUACAGGAAAGGUGGCACCAGAGGAAUUCAAAGCCAGUAUCAAUCGUGUGAACAGCUGCCUGAGAAAGACACUCCCGGUGAAUGUGCGGUGGCUUCUGUGUGGUUGUCUUUGUUGCUGUUGCACACUGGGCUUCAGUUUGUGGCCCGUCAUCUGCCUCAGCAAAAGGACAAGAAGAUCUAUAGAGAAACUUUUGGAGUGGGAAAACAGCAGACUUUACCACAAGUUGUGUUUGCAUUGGAGACUAAGCAAAAGGAAGUGUGAAACCAACAACAUGAUGGAAUAUGUAAUCCUAAUAGAAUUCCUACCUAAGGUCCCGAUCUUCAGACCGGACUAGCCUGACUACAGCUGAUCUGAAACUUCCUCUGCUGCCCGCCGCUGUCACAGAAUCAUGAUGGCUGUAAAGUUCCCAAAUAAUUACACUUCCUUAAAUACUCCAGCAUUUGUGUUUACAUUUAUUCUCCCUGUUUUCUCUUGGACCCAUUCCCUAUAACAAAUCUCCAGCCUUGUUUACAAAUCCAGCAGCCCCAUACUUUUUUUUUGGGAGUGACAUUACCACUGAACCUUGGCCAGCUGGGCAAACUUAUAUCAGCCUAUGGGAUGUGAGGGGAGAACCAGCCGUGGGCAAUUUUAUUGGUCUUUGGAACUAUACCUGGAGACUAGACUCUCAAAUUGAGUUCUGGGAGCUACGAUUGGAAAUGUGUCACUUUUAUGUUCCCUAACCGAAGCACAUGGCACAGACAGACCAUGAUUAAAAAAAAAACAAUCAAUAAAACACUUUCAUAUGUUACACCACCAACUUCCCCUGCAAAAAAUACACGCCAGUGCAUUUGUAACAGUUGGUUUGGUGCUUUCGAUUUGUUAAAGGCAGAGGAAGCAACGCAACACUGAACUUCAAUAGAGCCUUCAUCCAAAUCAACGCUGUAGCGGAACGUGGGGGUCCUGCGGGAACAUGUUGGGCCAGUGGCAAAAACAGCUGAACUCAAUGUCACUAUUCAAAUACCAGGCGUCCUCUGGCCUCUUUUCACGUCACUUCACUGUGCAUCAACCUAACCCAGUGACAAUCACACACUCUGACUGUACUGUAUGAAUGGGUCUUUAUGCUACACAGAUUACGUGGAACAGUUUGUUUUAAACGUGUGUCCAUGUGGUGGGCUGACUCUUGAAGAGACGGCCACCGGUGUUGAAGAAAAGCUUGUUUUGUUUUCUUGUUUUCUUUGUUUUUAGCAUUUGAAGGUUUGUUUUCUGUUUUGUUGAAAGAAAAGACGGACAAUGUUUGCAAAACUUUUGUAUGUGUGUCAAACAUAAGCAAAAAAAUAACCAAAAUUGGACAAAUCAAACACAGGAUACUCUUCUUUGGUAAUGGAAAAAAAAAAUACUUCAAUCUUUUGUUUAAGUAAUUUAAAAAUGUGAGCGUGCAUUGGUGAAAUAAGCAUCUUUUGUGUAACUGCAAAGGAAUGCCUUGGUUGUUUUAUUUCUCUCUGGGGUCUUGUGUCGUGACUAAAGCACACAAUCGCUUUGUACAUAAGAGAGGCCAAGUAAAGGUGUUGAUUAUCUGCUGACCUUGGCUUACUCGUGUCUAAAGGAUGUGGAUGUGUACAAGGCAGAUAUUCUGUCUUAGAUGUAAACUUACUCGAGAUGAACAUAAAGAAUAAGAGUUCCA